GAUGAAGGAUUCUCACGAGAUUGAGAUUUUAGUGUUGCACCGGUUUUAGAAAAGUUCCUAAUUGUUUGGUAAAUUUUAAUCUUUUUGCAACGAAUAUUUACAUUUGUUCCCUAAUUACGGCUCUACAAUGGCCGGAAGUAGGUUGGAUAAGAUUGGCACUAUUUUCUCCAGGACUGCCGGACUUAUAAAAUCAAAAGCAGUUAAAUAUCAAGAUCGUCCAGUCUGGUAUGACGUUUACCGAGUAUUUCCUCCAAAAUAUGAACCUCAUAUUGACCGAGAGCCCUCCAUCACGGUUGAACAAAUUCCAAAUAUUUUAUACAAAGAGGACAGAAUAAGAGCUCGCUUCUACAAAACCUUUGGCUUAAAUCCGGACGGAAAACCGAGAAAACUUGGCGACCCCGCAUUUGAAGAUACAAGUACAGCCUUCCUUUCUAAAUAUGAGGAAGUUCAGGCUAAAAAUCCAGACUGGACAUCGGACCAAGUUUUUAAUUCCGUCGCAGAAGAGUAUAGAUCCACCCGACCAAAGUACCAACAACGAGAAAGAUCAAAAGGUGAGAAUUAUCAGAGUGACGUUGAUCAUUUACAUGCCUCUGACGUCCAAGAAGAUGGGAGCGUAUCCUCCGAAAUAUUAGGGCGCAGUAGUGGUGGUCGUUUGACAAAGACCUUGGUCACACGAGAAUCGUUACGGGCUCUUUUCGAAGAGGCGAAAUCUAAUCAGGAGACAAAUAGUCAACAAAAGAGUGAAGAGGUCAAAAAAGGUGACGAAAAAUAACUUAGAUUUAAUAAGACUUAGAGAAUUUUUUAGAGUUAUUCACUCAUUAGUUUGUACAGGUAAAUAAAGGUUAUAAUUAAUUA